GCAGAUCUCAAAACACACCAGGACGGAGAGGAGGAGGUGUAGGAGUAGGAGUAGGGCACACACACACACUUUUACACACUUUUCCACUCACACACUCACAUAAACAUACACACACGCAAUGCCAGCCCCCUAAAAAAUACACACGCACACAACAAGGAGAAACUGACUUGUGAAUUUGUGGAGAAAGUGGAGGAGGUAGGUCACUUCCACUUUCGCUCUGGUGGAGAAACUGUUGGAGUUUUUUUAUUUAUUCUUUUAUUUUAAUUAUUUAAUAUUUGAUUUUGAUUUUUUUUUUUAAUUCACGCACGACCAGGAGGACUUUUCUCUUUUUUUGUAUUUUUGUAUUGUGUUUUUUCCCCUCGCGCUCAGCUAGAGGAACAGCUGGACACGCACGCGCAGCGCACUUUGGCUUCUCCGCUUUUUUCCGCUCCUUUUCUCGGCUCGUUGUUGAUCUUUUUCUUCUCUAAAGUUGGCUCCCGCGCCCACGGCCGCGUUGGAUCCGUCGGCGUACUGCGAGCCCCCUCCGGUGUACAACCCGGAGCUGUGCCCCAACAUGCUGGCGGCGCAGGCCAAGCUCGCGUACCACCUGAACAAGUACUACACGGAGAAAUGCCAGGCGCGCAAGGCGGCCGUGUCCAAGACCAUCCGGGACGUGUGCAAGGUGGUCUCGGACGUGCUGAAGGAGGUGGAGGUGCAGGAGCCGCGCUUCAUCAGCUCCCUCAACGAGCUGGACAACCGCUACGAGGGCCUGGAGGUGGUGUCGCCCACCGAGUUCGAGGUGGUGCUCUACCUCAACCAGAUGGGCGUCUUCAACUUCGUGGAUGACGGCUCGCUGCCCGGCUGCGCAGUUCUGAAGCUUAGCGACGGCCGGAAGCGCAGCAUGUCACUCUGGGUCGAGUUCAUCACCGCGUCGGGCUACCUGUCCGCGCGCAAGAUCCGCUCGCGCUUCCAGACGCUGGUGGCGCAGGCCGUGGACAAGUGCAGCUACCGCGACGUGGUGAAGAUGGUGGCGGACACGAGCGAGGUCAAGCUGAGGAUUAGGGACCGCUACGUGGUGCAGAUCACGCCGGCCUUCAAGUGCACGGGGAUCUGGCCGCGCAGCGCGGCGCACUGGCCGCUGCCGCACAUCCCGUGGCCGGGGCCCAACCGCGUGGCCGAGGUCAAGGCCGAGGGCUUCAACUUGCUGUCGAAGGAGUGCUACUCGCUCAACGGCAAGCAGAGCUCGGCGGAGAGCGACGCCUGGGUGCUGCAGUUCGCAGAGGCCGAGAACCGGCUGCUGCUGGGCGGCUGCAGGAAGAAGUGCUUGUCGGUGCUGAAGACGCUGCGCGACCGGCACCUGGAGCUGCCCGGCCAGCCGCUCAACAACUACCACAUGAAGACGCUGGUCUCAUACGAGUGCGAGAAGCAUCCGCGCGAGAGCGACUGGGACGAAAACUGCCUCGGAGACCGACUGAACGGCAUCCUCCUGCAGCUCAUCUCCUGCCUACAGUGCCGCCGCUGCCCGCACUACUUCCUCCCCAACCUGGACCUGUUUCAGGGGAAGCCGCACUCCGCGCUGGAGAACGCCGCCAAGCAGACCUGGAGACUGGCCAGGGAGAUAUUGACCAACCCUAAAAGCCUGGAGAAACUUUGAGGAGGUACCGAAAACUAACGAACUUAAAACAAGAACAAAAAUUCUGAUGUGAAAUAUUGAGACUUUUUUGAGACUGGGAGAAGGAAAUACUGACCAACACUACAAAAACAACAACAACAAAAAAAGAAAAGACACGGAGAACGUCUGAGGUAAAAAUAAAAUAAAAUCAUAAUAAACAUGAUAGAAUGGAUUAGUUUACAUUCUGUGACUGCUGAGGGUAAUGGAGAAAUUAAAUUUAACCUUUUAAAUUUAAAUAUAAAAUUAUAAUUUAAUGUGGGGGAAAAAAGACGUGAACAGAAGAACGUGGCAAGCAUCUUUAAAACUGAGAAUGAAGAUCUGAAGUAAUAUUAAAUACAGUCAUAAGACGUUUAAAGAUUUACUCAUGAAACCAGCAGAGAGAUUAGGACUAUAACCUAGUUUAUUUUGCAUUGUGGGUCAGUGAGGCCUGUUGGCAAAACAAGAGCUGCCAGUACUGAAGAGAAAGAGAAAAAUAAUAUCCCUGCUGGUCACGAUCUAUCAGAAAUGUAAAUCCACAGUCACGCAGAUACAAACAAACAUAAAAACAACGAUACAACUUUGUUUCUAUUUUUAUUUUUGUUGUUAUUAUUUUUAUAAUCGCAAAUUCAUGACGUGAAAUUGUGAUGGCCCUUUAUUAUUUGUGUUGCUCCUACUAAAGAGCAGAGCGUUACAAUCAAUGACAAAAAUGAAUAACUAUUUAUCAGUGUUCUUUCUUUUCCUUUUUUAUGAUUAUUUUUUAACUUAACGAGCUGUUCCCCUUAAUGAAGAACUUUAUUUUAUUUUAUUUUUUAUUUUUUUUAAAUAAUCUCCCCCUCAAUCGACCAGCCUUGGUAUAUAAUGACAACUCUGACAAACUUGUACAUUUUUAUACUGUAAAUACACACAUUUGUAGAUUGUGAUUCCGGUGGUCUAAAAAAUAACAAAAAAAGAAUCUUGUGAAUGUUGUUUCUGUGACACGUAAAUAGAAAUUUAAUUUCACUUGUUUUAACAUUCGCCAUUCGCCUGCAUUAUUUCCGAGACCGAGGAUUAAAGAAGAAAAUACAAAAACAUUAAAAAACACAUUUUAGAUCUACAUCAGUACAUCAGUGAUAGUUUAACUAUUGUCGAUGGCAAGUUUCUAUUUUUUUUAUUAAAGUUUACAUUUUGGUGGUACUAUUUGUUACAGUUUUUUAGACAUUCCAUAAGCUUAUACUUGAAUUUUUUUAUUUAAAAAAAACAUAUUCCACCAAUUUCGUUUUCGUUUUUUUUUGUUUUUGUACCUUGCUUCCAUGAUAAAAGCUGAAAAUGAAAAUAUUAUAUAUAUAUAUGGAAAAAUAUACCUGAAAACAAUGCACUUGAAAUACACUGGAUUAUAACAUUGUGAUUGUUUUUUUAUUAUUUCUGUCUCUGAGUUUAUUAUUUAAAGAGUUAAUAAAAAACAAAAAGACAGGACAUUUGUGUGUUAUACUAAUGUUUCGUUCAGCUGGUUGGAUGAAUGACAAUCAUUUGAAACCAUACCAUACUAUUUUUAGGCUUGUUUGCGUGUUGAGACUUCUGGUUACAUUUUUUAAAGUAAGUAUAAGAAAAUUGCUGGAUUUUACACUUGAUUAAAAUAAAUUUUAAAUCAAUGUUAUGAAAGGCUGUUUGAUAAUAAAGUAGCUUAUAAUUUG